AUGGAAGCAGUCAUCGAGGCAGAGGAAGAGUUCCACAGGAUCAAGGUGCAACAUCAGGAGCAGCUGCGCCAGCUCGAGCAGGCUGGCGUCAAACGCCGACCUGAGCAGGCAGACGCAGAUGGAGCCGCUGAUGGAGGUCCACAGUGGAAGCGCAUCUGCCCCGGCCCAGCCCCGCAGCCAGACCCUCCUGGUGGAGCAGAGGCAGGCCCCGUGUCGGCUGCAGCCCCUGGUUCCGCACCCGCCACGCCAGCUGCGGCAGCCAAGGGCGCCGGCACAGGACGGGCGGACAUCGGGGCAGCAGAAGAUGGGAAUACGCGAGCGAAGGGCCACCGCGGAGAGAUCAUUGACGCGGAGGGCCGCGAUGUUGCGGGCGUCGCGGAGCAUCAGCUGCGCAAGACGGUGCGCGUCAGGGACGUCAGCGACAUCGCAGUGCUUAUCGCCAACCUGCACCAGGUUCGCUUCGCGGUGGCCUUCGUCUAUCUCGAGUGCAGCAGCGACUUCUACGUUGCGCCGGCGGAGUUCAACGCGACCUUCUGGCCCAGGGCGCUGGAUGCGCAGGUCGCUGCGGCAGAGACAGCGUCGGCCGCGUGCGUCCCAGCGGAAGGCGCUACCCGCUGCAUCGACUGCGCGCUGAUCUCCAAAGGAGAGCUCUGCGGCCAUUUCGCGGGCGCGCUGGGGCUCGGCCUGCGCCGGAGCGUCGGCAUCCCAGUAGCUGAAAGAGAGAAGGACCUAGGGCGCAGCCUCCCGCCCAAGUUUAUGCACCUCAGCACCGGGGGCGCGGUGUCGUCACCCCCGUGGGCAGGUGUGGAGCGGAAGGUGCGCGCGCUGUGGGCGGAGGUGCAUGCCGACGAGACUCUGGGGUGGAGCGGGCCGGUCGGCGCCUCGGGCUGCGCCCGUCACGUCAAAGGGCCAGGACGCAGCACCGUGGACACCCCAAAGCUUGACCCAGCGGAGGAGGAGGAGGGCGGCCUGGACCUUGAGGACAUCGACCCUUUCGUCGAUGUAGGGGGCGCCGAGCAGCUCUCGCACCUCAGAGUCAGCCGGGCCUAUGCCAAGGAGGAGCAGUCUACCGAGGCCCACGCCGCCAUUGUCGACGGCGCUCACGAGGGGGUCGGGCAGAGCGACCGCGACGCGGAGAAGGAGGGCCAGACUGACGCUAGUUCAAAGUCGCCGAGCAUGCCGGGCGCGAAAGGGCCAGAGGCUGGCAAGAAAGAGAACAAGCACACCCAGCAGCAAGCGCAGGCCCGACUACAGCUGAAGCGACGGCUUCGGGACCCAGUCGAGCCGCCAGUGGAAGAGGAGGCCAGGGCCAUGUACGAGCAGCUCAUCGCGGCCUUCACCAGUAUAGCAGACGGCGCCUGCGUGGACCCAGACACCAUCCAGCUGGCGACCAAGACCGCCUACAUCCACUGGAUUGACGACGCGACGUCAGGAAGCGCGCAGAUGGCCCACGCGCGCGCCGAGGCAACAGAGCGCGGUCACCUUGAGGAUAUCCCGGAGCACGAGGGCCAGAUAGUCACACACCCGCAGUGGUUGGUCGUCUUAUGGACGGAGGCCUGGGAGAGGACGUGGACGCGCGAUGCCCAGGAGGCCCGGGUCAUCCAGGCAACCUUGGCGAAGUUGCGCAAGGCGGCCCUCAGCCAUGACCGCGCCCUGGAACCACUUCGCCAGCUGGUCAUCGGGUCCAUCGUCCAGCACCUCAAGCGCAAUGCAGGCCCCAUGGCGCAGAACGGUGGCGAGCUCCAGAGCUACGUGCAAUGGGGGAGCAGGGCCUCGACGCCAGUGAUUUCGACGUGGAGCACGGCAGCAGCUGGCUUCUGGGACACGACAGUGGCGGGCUCCUCGGCACUUGGAGUGGCAGUGCAGAGGCGGCUGAGAGCGGGGGCGGCAGUCCAGAUGGGUCUCCACGCCGCGGGCAUCUACUACGACGCCGCCAACCUCUAUGACAACAUUGGCCUGGGCCAGCUGAUUGACAAAGCCGGCGACAUGAACUGCCCAAUGCUGCGCCUGAUCAUGGUCAUCCAGAUGUACUUCGCGCCGAUGGCAAUCAUGGCCCGCGGCCUUUUCUCCGACGUGUCUGAGCCAGCCAACGGCAUGGUGGCAGUGGGCGGACAAGCUCUAGAUCUGAUCAGGCCGCUAUUUUACGGAGUGCUCGACGCCGCGCGCCAGCGCUACCUCUUCGUGGCCCUCCAGCAGUACCUGGGCGACCUGGCCCUGCAGGUCGAUGGAGCUCGAAGGGCGGUCGUCGACAGAAUCAGGCGCGGGGCGGGGAUUUUUCAUGCAGGCUUCGCAAAGUUACCCGACCCAACCUCGAGCAAAACGGCAGUGGUCGAUUCGGACUUGGAGUUGCAGGAGGAAGUAGCCAGCGUCCUCGCCAGCUUGGGAACGCCGCGCAGACAACCAGGCGCGGUUCGCGACCUGGGAGUCGACGUGGGCCUGGGUCGGAAGCUUGCGCGCCCAGCGCACUCGACGCGGCGAGCCGUGGCUGGGCAGGGGAUCGCCGAGCUGAAGGGCCUGCGAAGAGUGCAGGAGGCGAUGGCCCGAGCUAUCGCGGAUCAGGUCAAUCAGUUCUUGCUUGCCAUCGUUGAGCGCCCGACGGAGCUCAAGAGGUGCCAGCGAGGCUGGCAGAUGAUCUACGUGCUCGCCAUCUCCCCCCUGGAGAACAUCAAGCUCGCGGCACAGCUGGACAAAGACGGCAAGUUCUCCGGGUCCGCCGACAUCGCCAAGCACAUCAUGCGGACCCGCGGCGUCCACGGCUUCAUGAUCGGGUACGCUGGCAUGCAG